CUAAACCGGAAAUGCCGAACUCUUAUCUGGCACGACCACCAGUCGCCGCACGCCGUGUUUGGGGAGAAACGGGUUAAAGAGCCAACAAAACAUUUUGGAAGACGCCGUUCGAGCAUAUAAACCCCGUUUCACAAACAGACGGCGGCCUGUGCUCGGACACUGACAAGCUGCUUCUAUCUCCUCUGCCCCGGCGGCCAGUGACGAUACGGUAACGGUAAGACAACGGCGAAGCGGAGCGGGGGCCCCGACUCGUUUGUCUCGGUCCUUUUCAGUCUUCAAAGCAGCGACUUCCAAACAUGCAAGGAUGCACAGGAAGAUAAGGAGCAGCAAAGGUCAGCGAGCUGGAAAGAUUCUCUCAUCGGUGAUAAAAUAGACAGUGCAGCUUUUUCGCAUGAAUCCUGGCAGGAAUCGCUCCGGCGUCUUGGUUGUGUCCAGAGACUCAGGAUGAGAAAACCCAAAGUCAUUCGGAUGGUGUUUGCCUUAAGUCUAGGCUGUUUUGUUAUGGUGAUCUUCUACUUUAACAGCAAUCUAAAGUCAGCCUCAGAGCCAGUUGGCGACAGAAACAGUGGGCAGAAGUCAAGGAGGAGUCCUCUACAGACGCUUUAUGAUGGUGACCAGGUUGAAUCAGCAGUACAUGCGAUCCAUCAGGGCCGACGGGAGCUGUUAGAAGAAGCCUGCCACUCCUACACCCGCAAACGCAGAGUCCUCAUCCCUGAGGACUUGAAGCACAUCAUCGUGGACGACCAGCAUGGCCUGCUGUAUUGCUAUGUGCCCAAGGUGGCCUGCACAAAUUGGAAGCGUGUGCUCAUGGUUCUGACCGGUGUCGCUGGGUCCCUUCGAGACCCGCUGGCAAUCCCAGCCAACGAGGCUCAUGUCACAGGAAACCUCCGCACCCUGUCAGAGUACUCCACCUCUCAAAUUAACCAGCGUCUGCGCUCCUACCUGAAGUUUGUCUUUGUACGUGAGCCCUUUGAGCGGCUGGUGUCUGCAUAUCGCAACAAAUUCACACGGAGCUACAACACAGCUUUCCAUAAACGAUAUGGAACAAAGAUAGUGCGAAGGCACAGGCUGGACCCGCAGCCGGAAGCUCUGGAGCAGGGAAACGACGUCUCUUUCGAGGAAUUUGUGUAUUACCUUGUGGACCCAGCCACCCAGAGAGAAGAGCCCUUCAACGAACACUGGGAGCGGGUACACUCGCUGUGCCACCCCUGUCUCAUCCACUAUGAUGUCGUGGGGAAAUACGAGACGCUGGAGCAGGACUCCCGCUAUGUGCUGCACCUGGCUGGGGUGGAGGACCAGGUCAGCUUCCCCGCAUCAUCCAAGAGCACGAGGACUACAGGUGACAUGGCAGCCCAGUUCUUCCAAAACAUCAGCCCCUUUUACCAGAAGAAGCUGUACAACCUCUACCGUAUGGACUUCCUGCUCUUUAAUUACUCCAUCCCAGCCUACCUCCAGUUUAGAUGAGGCUGGGAUGUCACUCAUCCACAGACUCCACUUGAACUCCUGAAGCCUGGAAAAGUACAGUUUGCCUUUGAGUGGUUUCUCUCUCCGUCAGCCUUACUACACACACUAUACUGUUUUAAAAGAAGUACCACAAAGCAGUGGACACAUAUUCUGAUGACAGCUUAUUUUUCCAGAUGAAACAUCAAGCUGAAGGACAUCUGUGCGCACAGGAGUACAGCAGGAGGGGACCUUCAGUCACAACUUGAAAGUUUGGGACAAAUGAAGGCAAUUGACAUGUUACUGUAAACCGUGAUCCAGUUUAUGGCAGUCACGGUCUCAGUGUGUGAAAUGCCAUCCUCCUUUAAUUUCAUUUCCGUUUAAUUUCUGCUGUUUCAUUUUGCACGACCGAUUUAAACAGUGAAUGUUUGUGCCUUUUAUCAUAGGCCUUAUUUUUUGAUUCCAGCAGACAAUGUCAACUUUUCUAACUGUGAUUUUGUUUAUUUUUUGUACUGUAGGAAGAUGUUUUUUCUUUAUUUAUUGUGUUGUUUCUGACUCUACAAAGUCAGACAAACCAAAAUAGA